AUGCGAUUUUCACGUCCUUUCAAGUCAUCAAACCAAUCUCUUCCAAGUCCCAAUGGCGAAUAUAUUGCAACCAUUCUGACAUCGAAACUCAAUAUCAGAGAGACGCGCUCUCUCGAAAUAAUACGCGCUAUACCACUUCCAUCUGAACUCACAUCAUCAUUGACAUCGUUUCUAUGGUCAUCAUCUUCCAAUCGGUUACUUGUAGCGUCUGCAGAUGUCAUACGCGUCUUCUCCCCAAGCGACAAUAACUUCUCAGCAACAAUUACAUGCCCGACCUCAGGAACUACAAAAUCCACCUUCAUUUUAUUUGGAGGAACCGAUGACGAAGUCUGCAUCUUUUCAGACUUUGGUCUAAAAUUGACCAUCUUUAAUCUUGGUACUUCGAGAUCAGUAGAUAUUAGCUCGCCUAAGCUAUUCGCUCCCGGUACUGCUGCAAAAGGUAUUUCGCAUCGUCCGCGGUCUGGAAAUCUGGCUCUAUUGACCAGAAGUGGCGGUAAAGAUGUGAUUAGUAUACACAAGCCGGGAAGCUUGGAGGUUAUAAGAUCAUGGCUACCAGAAACCAUUGACGCUCAAGGAAUAACUUGGAGCCCAGAUGGAAGAUGGAUAACGAUAUGGGAAUCCGCCAGCCAAGGACACAAACUACUGGUGUACACAGCUGACGGCCACUUGUAUAAAGUUUGGAGUGGUCCGACACCGAUACUCGAUGAGGAAAAGGAUAUCGCUCUAGGUGCCGGAAUAAAAGUGAUCGAAUGGAGCCAGACAGCAACACAUAUUGCUAUUGCCGAUUAUAGUCGAAAAUUGGUGUUGUUGGCCGCUCCGGCAUUCUCUGAAUCUAUGAUUUUGUCCCACAUACCCUCCGUAAACCCUACGGAUACCCUACACAUUUGGAAUGAACAAAUAUUACCAUCUCCCAAUGGAGGCUUCACUCGAGAAUUUGUUCGAGCGAAACAAUCGACAUCACCCCCAACAGCAACUGCCAUUCCAACCGCUGAGCCAAAAACCGGCACUAAUAUGAUAACUUUCGACAUUUCUGGCACACUACUAGCAACUAAAGUUGAGGAAAUGCCAUCAGCAGUUUGGGUGUGGGAUGUUGAAUCUCGGUCCCUUAGAGCAUUGCUGAUACUGCAUGCCCCAGUGGCUCGAGUCACCUUUCAUCCAAGUAUUAAUGAGCUUCUCAUGAUUAGAUGUGAAGGAGAAGAAAACAAAGGUCGCGUGCAGCUAUGGGACCCAUCGUGGGAGGCUCCAAGGAUUAUUAAUUUUGGAAUGCGACUUCCAGAGGGUAAGAUCAUUGGAAAGUCGAUCAUCAGGUGGCUCAACGUAGCGUCUAUCUUUCCAUCUAUUUUCUUCAGCGACUCGCAAGACUGCAUUUUCUUGUCAUUAUCAAAGCCAGAGGAUACGGAAUUAGUCCCUUGGCAUGAUUCAGAGGCCAAUGGAGUUGAUAUUUACGGCCACACAGAAGAGUCACCUUUGAACCUCGUCGGAGUUGAGGGCAUGAGACCCUUUAGACACGUGAAUGUUGAUGUUGUCGCUGACAAUGAUAACUCAUACACAAACAUGAGUGAAGGCAGCGAGGAGCUUGACGAUACCUUCCAUUUUCGCAAGCCCGAACAUCUGUGA